AUGAAGAAGAGCUGGAUAAAAGUUACUGAAAUCACAGGACUCACUUGUCAAAGUGGAAUUAAACGUUUGGUUGUAGCUAUCACGAAGAAAACCAUUUGCUGCAUUGAUGCUGCUGAAGUACUGCGUUCUAUGGGAGUUGACGGACUGCUAUAUAAAGGAAUGGAACACAAUGCUAGCAGAGAUGCAACAACUCCCUUGAAUACGAGAAUCAAUUUUGUAAAUUCAAGGGUGAAUACAGAGAAACUGACCAACUUUGAAUUUCUGUGUUGCGCUAUUAGCAUUGGUGGUGAGAGUUUCCGAUGUCUUGAAGUCCUCUUCCAGCCAUCAAUGAUUGGUAAAGAAGCUGCUGGUAUUCACGAAACCACUUACAACUCUGUCACGAAGUGUGAUAUUGAUAUCAGGAAAGAUCUGCAUGGAAACAUUGUUCUUAGUGGAGGAACCACAAUGCUCCCUGGAAUUGCUGAUAGGAUGAGCAAGGAAAUCACUGCUUUGGCCCCAAGCAGCAUGAAAAUCAAGGUUGUCACCCCACCUGAGAGGAAGUACAGUGUCUGGAUUGGAGGGUCUAUCUUGGCAUUUCUCAGCAUUCCAACAGGUAAUUAAGAUGAUACAAACAAGAUUUAAGCUUCAUUUAUACUUCCUCCAUUUUUUUAUUAUUGCACCAUUUUCCUUUUUCGGAAGUUGCAUAUUAAUUGCACCAUUUCCUUUUUUAGUAAGUUUACUUACAUAAAAUGACAUUUUUAUCCUUAUAUGGGUGGUGGGGACCAAACCCCACUUGUUCUUUACCUAAAAACCUGUACUUAAUCACAUGGGUAUUUUUGUCACUCUCUCACCUUUUACCACAUUUCUUAAUUCUUGUGCCCAAUGUAGAUGGUGCAAUAAUAAAAAAAUGGAGGAAGUAUUUUUUAACUUGAGAACUCCUUAUUUGAACUUAUUUAGACUCAUCGAAACUUAUUUUAAGUAGUAAACUGAGUGUAGUAUCCCUUAUCUAAACUUAUUUUGGUGAAACUUAUUUCUUAAAGUGAUCAGAGC